GGAAGUUGAAAUAUUAUCAAAUGAUCAUAAUAAGGUUUCUGAAAUAAUGAUUCAUUUGAAAUCUUCUCGUCUGCAUGAGAGUAUCAGGGGUGAAAUAUUAUGUUUGUGGAAACUUUUGGAUGCUCAUUCUCACCUGAACUCCUCUAGGUAUGUCUGGCAAGACAAUUUGCCUAAUGAUGUUGUUGGAGAAAUGAUAUUGAAUAAUCAACUUUCUGUGGAGACACUGUUUUAUUGUUGGACAUGUUGGAAAGAUAACAUUGUUCAUAUAUUGGGAUGUCUUCCAAGUAUCAAAUCGCUAGAGAUUCAUCAGCUUAGCGGUCAUGGGAAAUUUGCAUUGAAUUAUUUUGGUAUUCGGAGGAUAACUUGUAAUCUAAAUGAGAUUUUCUCUUUGCUCAUCCCUGAUGCUAACUGGGUGAUAAAAUUGGGUGACAGAUUUCUAAAGAAGAAUGGAAGGCUAGUGUCUGUUGAUAUUCAUUCUUUAGUUUCUUCUUCUCAGAGCUAUUGGAUGUCAGAGCUGCUUUCUGUUGGCAUCGCAGUUUUGCGCAACCUUGAUGCACUGUACAAGUUUUCAGUUAAUAAAGGUCUUUCUGAUUUUUGUCAGUUUCAGUCCUUACUGCAUAUCUAUGAAGUCUCGAAAUUUAUUCUUGGAUCCAAACGUUUUAGCCACACCCACGGUAACUUGAAGACUUUGGACAAAUUUCGCAGACUUCCAAUUGACUGUUUACUUCGGUACAUAAUUCCCCUAGACUGGAAAAAAUCUCUGACAAAAGGCAUGGUUUUUCUAAGGACAACUGAGGCAUGUAAGGAUUUGGUGAAAGAGACCAUCUAUGAGAUCAUUAGGCUGAAUGGUAGGUUAACCUAUGGUCUAAUUGGAAGGGUGGUGAUAAUGGUUCUUGGUACAGCUAAUCUGAAAAAUGAACUUUAUGUUGAAAUUAUGUCCAGAUUUGAAGAAUACACCCUGGAAAGAAUUCAUUCAGUGCGUGCAGUGGAGUUCAGAACAAGAAAUUUCUCAAGGCAAUGAAGCAGUUAAAGAGAUGCACCGCACGUUUAAACUCUAUGAAGCCUUGCAGUAUACUUACAAUGUGAAUUGGAUAAAUGAAAUUGAUUAUAUCUCUCCAUGUUGUUUUAUCUAUCUGGUUGAACGGCUUCUGCUCUUGUCAUCAUGCCAGAAGGGGUUUGUUUUUGCUACAAAGUCAUCUUUCUUCGAAUGGCUUAAUCACCACGAUGAAAAUUCACUUCCAAAUUUGACAUCGGUGGCUGAGGCACAACUGGGUUUAAGAGAUAUCCAUGAGUUCAUUGCAGGUGUCCUCCGAGAGUUAAUUUAUAAUCAAAAUGGUACCAUAAAUUGGAUCCGGAGAUCAAACUUAGAUGUGAAGAAUUACUUACCAUUGUUUGUCCUGAGAUUGGUUGUCUCAAUGUGUUUGCUUCACAUCAGCUCUGGGAACUAUUUAGAUUCACUUCGAAAUCUGUUGGGAAAGAGCCAUAUAACCUCUCAACUUCCAUUGGAAUUUUGUGAUGUUCUUCGGAAAGGAAUGAAGCGCCUUAGUUUGAACGUCUUUGCUAAGGCAUUUAAAGUGAUUGACAAUCCCUUGCUUAUUGUCAAAUUAUGGAACAAUUCAGAAAUUGUGUGCCCAGAUGCUGUGUUUGUAGAUUUCAAGUUAUGCCGGCAAAGAGAGCUCAUAUUGCAGAUGCUGUUUCCAAGUAGAGUUGACAGCGUGGGUGGGGAAAAUGCAGCAACUAUUGUUGAAUGGUCUGACCUGAUAUCUAAGGAGUUUCCUUCAACCAACUGUUCCAGUCUUCCAAGUAAAAACUGUGCUUCUCUUUCAAAUCCGAUCUCGGAUGAUGGGUUUAAAGAUUCUAUCGAUGUUGACUGCUUCUGGGAUAGGUUGGAAAUCUUAAUGUUAACAAUUGAUGAAUGUCAUCUUCAUAGGCUGCCUCUUGAUUCCAUAAUGAUAAAGGAAUCGGUGGAUCCUUGCAUUCAACUUUUGACUUCAAUAAGUGGAAUGUUUUCAGAUAUCCCUCAUAACCUCAAAUACAAAAAUGAAAUGGGAGAGGUGGUGAUCUUGCUUGAUGAAAUGAAGCAACUUUCUUCCGCAUUGAAUGUGAGUGAUUCAAUGACUGAGAACCACAUUUUAGUUGGAGAGCUCUUUAAGAAAUUUCUUGCAAGACGACAAAAAGUAGAGCACAUUAUGAAUGAGUUGUUUUUGUUGUGGAAGAAGAAUGUCAAUGUUGAGUAUGAGCCAGCACAAGCCAGCACUGCAGCAGGAAGUGAUGAUCAGGGUCAAAAUGUCUUGGAGGAAUCAAAAGAUAGCAUGUCCAAGAAUUCCCAAGGUGCCAAAGGGAAGAGAAACAAACCAAAGAAAAGCAGGAGAGGGAAAAAGGGAAAGAAGUGAAUGUGUACUUGCGUUAUUCAAAAGUUCAUUGUGAUUUCCAAUAUAAUUGUGCUUGUUGCAAUUAGACAAAAUUUCAUGCUAAGAAAAUGUAAUUUGACACUUGUAAUCCAUUUAUUUUUUUCUUGCGCAGCAAGAUUUAGUUCUCCGUUUAAGGGACAUAUAAUUUCGUUAUUAUAUC